CUUUCAGAAUGCUUAUCUUUAAAAUAAAUUACGUCAAUAAUUUUCACUGCAGAUUUGUUCGCUGCGCACCGCGAAACUACAUUGUUUGAAAAUGGCGAUAUACGAGAUAUUUUCUCACCCUGAGUUACGGCGUUAUAAGACCUCGAUUUUUUCUAAAGCGACACUUUUGAUGUUUAUUAUACUUUUAAUAACAUUCAUACCUCCAUUGAUAAUUGUUUAUAGAAGCUAUGGUUAGUUAUUACAUAGUUAAUUUGUGUUAAUUAAAAAUGAAAGAAUGAUUUGAACAAAAAUAAUUCGACGUGUUCAUUCUUGCAGUUCAGUUCUAAUUUGAGUGAAUUUACUUAGAUGGUUUUGAGAAUAAUUUUUCAUAAUUUAAUUACACUGCUGGAUGUUAUUAGUAGGGUGCCGGGUAAACUGAAUUAAAUUCCAAGCGUGUGGACUGGAGCUCAAUGCCCAACAAAAGCCUAUGAAGCAAAAACAUCCCCAGCACUCUGGGUGAUGAUGAUUGAGUACUUUCAGUAUAGCAAUUGUUUCCAUGCUAUUUUAGCAUGCUCACAGCGCUCUGAUAUCCUAAAAUAUAUUUAAAGAAAAAAAUAACAUCAUAAAAAUGCUUGCAUUAUUAUAAUGCUUAUUAUCUUACUUGCAGACAUAGGAUAAGUAUUCAGUUUUAUUAAUUAUAAACUGUUCAACAUUUUUCUGGUCCUUCUCUUUGCUCAGGAUUUUGGCUGCGAGAAGGAACUUAUAGAGAGCAACCUAAUAUAGCCUUUAAGAAAGAGUUUAUAUUGCAACUUGACCUUCAAAAUGGAGGAAAUCCUGUUGUAUACAGCACUUUCCAGCUGUACAACCAGCUUUUACAAUCUCAACUUCGCAUUCCUAUUGUUAAGGUAAAUAGCAAAUUAAUGGAAUUAUAUAUCUUUAUGUGAAUGUUAUCACUCUCAGGUUCUUAUAACCAAAGACAAGAUGCAGCCAUUGCAGUACCGGUAGUUGAAUAAAUCUUUAGGAAAUUUUAAAAAAAAUGUCUAGACCUUUUCUCUUUAUCAUUUUUUUUUCUUCUGUCUGACUUAUUUCUCUAAAAAAAAUGCAAUAGAAACUGGUGAUAUUUAUUCAGUAGGCUUACAUGUGAAGGAUUAUUGUGAUUUUUUUUUCCUGACCUUUCUUUAGAGCUACAAAUUGCUUCUUCAAUCCCUUUUACUGUUACUUAUUUAAAAAAUAUAGUUUCAUGUGUCAUCUUUUUCUGAUGAUUAAACAAAGCAUUGAGUUAGCCAACAGAUUCAUUGUAAUGUUUCAAUUAUCUUAAUUCAAGCUGCAUUAUACCUUGUGUUUGAUAUACCUGGUAUAUACUUAUUUACAGUUUCAUUUAAGUUUCCCUUAUUAUAUCUUGACUAGAAAUAAUCCGCCAAACAAUGGCGGCGGGAAUGCAUAAACUUCCCAUGUACUAAAGGUACUUGACAAAACACUCAUUCAAGUAACGCUUUAUUUAAGACACAUUAUAAGAAUCCCAUUUAGUCUGGGAAUUUUAUUUAGUGCACCUAUUGAAUACAGUGUUACAGCCAUACAUAAGUACCCAGAGAAUUAUUAUUUGUGAUAUUUAGUCCUAUUUAAUACCAAUAGGCAAGGGAAGAGGAUCUCAAUGGAGAUGGUAAAUAUGAUCGUCUGAAUCUAGACAUUGAAGUACCUAUGAAUGGAGAAGACCAGGUGGUUGGAGCCAAGCUUCUUUUGUUCUUCUAUUACAAGCUCAGGGUAAUUUAUAAGAUUAUGUGUAGAAUUAGCAACUAGUUUUUAUCCGAACAUGCAUAAAAUCCUGUUAAAAAUGCAAUCUAAGAGUUGAUGUUUAGUCAUUGUUUGUAUUGUAUACAUUUAAUUAUAUUAUAUAUAGAAAUUAUGGAUCAAGCAUAUGGGUGUUGGCAUAUAUUUUAAUGUCAAUUUUAGUAUUUUUAGUCAAGGCUAUCCUACAGUGGUGUUUACAGACAUACAUAUAAUUCAUAGAUGGAGAAUUACAUGUUUUGAUAUAUUUACUAAAUAAGAAAUGCAGGAAGGUUACUACAAUGAUAAAUUAUAUUUGUUAUGGUGCACCCAUUAGAAAAAGAUUGAAAACUACUGCUUUCUAGUAUAAUAAAUGUAAAUUUUUCUAAUUCUUGAGCUUUAAAUUUUAUCUGCGUUUUAUUUUUUGUUCCUUGCUUUACAAUAUGAUUUCUCAAAAAAAAAUGUUGCACUUAUACAAAAAAAAUAGACUAAUUUCUAAAAUAUUAACUAGAUUAUAACCGAAAUCUCACUCUUGUUAUGCAGUUAUAUAAAAAAGAAAGAGAUAUCUAUUACUGUUAUUUAGAAUAAAAUUUUUUUAUAUAUCAACAGAAAUUUUCACAGUUUCACAUGGAGUCUCUUGGAUUCAUUGAAUAUGUGUCUCCCAUUCCUGGCGCUAGCUUACAUGUUUUUAGCGAUCUGAGGCUGAGACAAAAACAGUUGCUUGGCCAUAAGGGGACAGAUGUUAGGUUUAAUGUAAGUAAAUAGAAACAUUACAUACUUCAAGCUAUUUGUUUUAAAAGAAUUUGUCAUUUAAUUUAUUACUUUUUUUUCUUUUGAUGGCAUUUACAUUUUAUUAAUAUCUAUCACAAUUUAUAUUUUUAAUAGGCUUCUUUGAUAAAUCCUACUAGCCCAUAUGCUGCUGCUUACUCCUUUGCGACUGUAUUCAAAAGUUACACAGACCGAAAUGGUAAGCAAGAUGUAGACGUGAGAAAAUUUUAAUUAUUCUACUCUGUUACUUUACUUUGUUUUCAAAGCUUGAUUAAUGAGUUUGAGUUUUUUUUCAAAGUAUAAUAGUAUUAUUAAAUGAAAGGUCUUUUAAACAAAUAUUUUAUAUUUUCACCCUGAAUGGCUUUAUGCCCUUGGUUGAUGUCAACAAAAUUUUAAAAGACUGGAUUAAAAAAAAUGAAUAUUUUCUUUAAUUAUUUUUGUCUGCUUUCAAAAUUUUAGUCACUACUGUGUUACAAGAUGCCAAUAAAAUUUGGACUUCAGGACGUGCUGCUAAUUCUCCUUUCAUAAUCUCAGCUGUCAUCAACUAUCCAGAAGAGGUCAUUUAGUAUCCUUUUCAUUAUUUUUUGUUAACAUUUGUUUUUAUAAAAGACUGUGGAGUCCGGGUCCUCAAACUUUUCAAACACUGUCAAAAAAACAAGAACCAUUUUAAUCAACAUAAACUUAUCAGUAUUUCUAGGGAAAGUAUGGGCCUGCUUUAGGCUAAUGAGAUGGACAAUAUCAGGUUCCAUAUUUGUCUCUAAACUGCCGGAUCAGGCCCAUCCUUCACAAUGUGAUGAUGGUGAAGACUUCACAGGACAAAAUCACAGGGCCUAGGAUUUUUUUUUAGGAGGAUAAUCUGGUUCCCUAGAUAGCAAAUCACCUCUCUCCAUGCACCUGGAUAACCCAAGAGAACAUCAUUUGUGGAUGAUACAGCUUGGCACAAGUAGCAUCACAGAGUUUUCAGACUUUUCAUUGAGUCAAUGUCAAACCACCUAUAGGACUCCAUCUGCAGAUUUAGAUUCAGAGCCUUCCUUCUCAUGGAUGUUAAACUCGUCAGAGCCUUCCUUCUCAUGGAUGUUAAACUUGUGCCAUCCACUCAGGGUUGCUAGGCUUUUGCUGGGGAUUGAGUUCCAGAUCAUGUUAACAUCAUUGGCAACAAAAAAGCAAGCACACUGGCAAAAACCGGGAAUGCCCAACCUCAGCCAGAUGUAUCAGUGACUUAUCUGGGAAUUAAAAACUGGAUGGCGGACCAUUUUAGAACAAAACGGUACAAGCAGUGGGCAGACAACAUGACAGCCAACUCCUAGCAGACAAGACCCAUCUUGGGGUUAGGUCGCAGGCAGCAGAGUCUAGUGAUACAGAUGCAUACCGAGCACUGACCCAUCAGCACAUAUUUUAAUAGGCUAGAUUAUAACAGGAACCCUACCUGUCGACAUUGCUGCCUGGUCCCAGAAACACUAGCACAUCUGUAGACCAAAUUUCCCUCACUAGAUGUUUCGGGGAGGCCAUGGUGACGGGAGAGCCAGACGUGAGGAGAAUGUUAUAUGGCUCAGCUCAGCAGAUGGAGCUGGUAGCCAAUGUACUAGCCAGGGUCCUAAGAGAGUAAUCUCAGACCUUCACCAGAUAAUGUGUGUUCACAAGCUUGGAACUGUCUCAGUUUAGACUGCACAGCCCCUAAUGACAAUUUUGUAAAAAAGAUAAGCCUCCAUAUUUUUAUCAGAGAAGAUAUCAGUACUUUUUAUUACACCACUCUCAAAGAUAUAUUUAUUAUGUUCUUUUCAUGCAUUCUUUAGAGAAGAGAUUAGUACUUUUAAUGACAACCCUCCCAUAGAUAUAUUUAAAAUGUUGUCUUUCUCAUGUAUUGUACAGAAACAAUGUCACCACUUCUAAUUACAACCCUCCCACAGAUAUAUUUAAAAUGUUGUCUUUCUCAUGUAUUCUACAGAAACAAUGCCAUCACUUCUAAUUACAACCCUCCCACAGAUAUAUUUGAUGAAUGAAAGAAAUAAGUCAUGAGAUGUUUUAAAUUAGUGUACCAUGUUAUGACCACUAAUUUUAUGUUAGUUAUGCUGAUAGUCAUAAUGCCCAGACAAGUUCACAAACAUCAUCCGUCAGCUGCAUGAUGGUAUGAUGGCCCGAGUACAGGACAACGGUCAAUCAUCUCCAGCAUUCCCCGUCACAAACGGUGUAAAACAGGGUUGUGGUCUUGCUCCCACACUCUUCAGUGCUAUGUAUUCCGCAAUGCUGUCUGAUGCGUUCAAGGACUCCACCAUGGGCUUGCCAAUCCGGUUUCGUACUGAUGGAUCAUUAUUUAACCUAAGGAGGCUUCAAGCUAAAACCAAGGUCAAACAUACCACGAUCAACGAGCUUCUGUUUGCAGACGAUUGUGCCCUUAAUGCUCCAUCAGAAGCCGUCAUGCAACACAGCGUUGAUAUCUUCUCAGAGGCCUGCAAUAACUUUGGCCUCACAAUCAACACAAAGAAGUCUGAGGUGAUGUAUCAGCCAGCUCCCAGUAAGCCCUACGUUGAACCCAACAUCAUCAUCAGUGGACAGCGUCUCAACCCGGUGGAUAAAUUUACCUACUUGGGCAGCACCCUCUCUAGAUCUGUCGUCAUGGAUGAUGAAAUGAAUGGCAGACUCGCAAAAGCUAGUGCCCUAUUUGGCAGGCUCCGCAGCACUGUUUGGGAUAGGAGAGGUAUCAUUAGAGAAACAAAGCUCAAGAUCUAUAGCGCAGCAGUCCUCCCGACACUGCUUUAUGGAUGUGAAACAUGGACUGUCUACCAGCGUCACGCCAAGAAACUGAAUCAUUUUCACACUACCUGCCUCAGGAAACUCCUCGACAUCAGGUGGCAAGACUAAGUCCCCGACACCAAGGUCCUCGCUAGAGGGAACCUACCUAGUAUCUUCACCACUCUGAUGCAGUCUCAGCUCCGUUGGAUGGGACACGUAGCCCGUAUGGCAGACCACCGGCUCCCGAAACAAAUAUUCUUUGGAGAAUUCACGAUAGGCAAGCGCUCCCAAGGAGGCCAAAGAAAGCGUUACAAAGACUCACUGAAAGUGGCACUAAAGGCCUUCAGCAUAAACCCUACUCAAUGGGUGCAGACAGCCCAGGACAGAGCCAGAUGGAGAGCUGCUGUCAAGAAGGGGGCUAAAUCCCAUGAAGCUAAGAGAAUAACCACAGCUGAGACACGCAGGCUUGUCCGAAAGAGCAACAUUAGGUCAUCGUCUGAAAAGGGGGCUAAAUCCCAUGAAGCUAAGAGAAUAACCACAGCUGAGACACGCAGGCUUGUCCGAAAGAGCAACAUUAGGUCAUCGUCUGAAGCAACUAUUCCAUGCCCACGGUGUCAUAGAUUAUUCCGAGCAAGGAUCGGUCUAACAAGCCACCUAAGAGCUCACCGUAAUCCCAACCCCCCCCCCCCGCCCGCCCCUAACCGGAUGAUUCGAUGGUCCUUGUCGACUUCGACGGACGAACAACAUUAUUACAUAAUACUUCUCAGAGAUUUUUGUUUGAUUUAAAAAGAUUUUAAGUGAUAAUGAAAGACAUUUUUCUAAUAACGUAAUGGUAUUCAAAUAAUAUGCAUCUCUUUGGAACAUGACCCUCAUUGUGUCUGAUGAACAUAUUUUUAUACUAUGUUAUAUCAAACCUACCUCCAUGUAAAACUGAGUUCCUUAACAGAAAAUCAGUUACACACCAGGCUUCUGGAACCUCAUCAAGUGGGGCUGGGUGCAGUAUGUGUCGGUGCUGCUUAUAUUCCUCUACAUAUUCAACAAGGUCAAGAUCUUCAUCUUCCAGCACCAGGUCGUCACAACAGUUGUUGAAAGUGCAGCGCUAGAGCAUGUGGGACGCAAGGAUAAGUUUUCAUGAAUAAAAUCAUGUGUUGCAUGAGUGCUUAGUCCUUGAACAGGUUGAGUGAUUCUAUUGCUGUUUUUUUUGUUUUUUUUUUUUUUAUUUGCCUCCCAACAAAGUUACAGAAUAUGAUUUUUAAAUCCAUUUCUUUUCUUUUUUAAAGUGAAAAGAGUUAUAAAAUUUGUUUCUCAAACUUUACGAUAAAAUUCUAUGUCCAAAGGGGUUUCUUUUUGUCUUCAUCUAAUGGAAUUUUGUUUAUUCAAAUCAACACUCCACGGGAUGGUUGGAUGCUAAAGGGUUUAGCAUGGUUACCCAACUAUUAUUACUUUUAAGGUACCUUCUUACACUGAUCCUCUAUUUAAAAUUAUUAACGGAUCCAAUGGUUAUCUACCCAAAGUGUAAAUUAACAUUACUGCUCAUCAAACUUUCCCCACCUCAACUUAAACCGGUUGAAACUAGCCGAAACACUUUUUGAGACCCAAAUAAACAUGUCAUUAUUUUUUCAUAGGCAUCAAUUUAUAUACUUUACAAAUCAUCACUUUCCAAUUUUAUAUUAACAACAGGCUAACAAUAUUAAAUUGCACACUUCACAAAGUAAACAUAGUUCAUUCAGGUAAAAAAAUGUCAACAAAAAAUAACUAGAGAGGCUCUCUACAGCCAAAACAGUAAAAGAGGAUGAAUAUGGCCAGUGCCAGUAUUUUAUCAGGGUGUCUUAGGGAUGCUCUCCCAACUGGGGGUUGGUUCACCUUGAUCAAAUCUGCUCGUAUGUGCAGCUUAAUGAUGCUACUCUAUGAUUGAAUGUACAAGAAAUCAAAUACUUUUUUUUCUGUACGAUCAUUCAAGGAAAUACAUUGUCACUGUCUGUCACUUAACAUCAUUCCAAACAUUUCUACAAUUUGUUCAUAUUAUGUCUGCAUGCCUGGGGUUAAUAUUUUAGUUAUUUUUUGUUACUGAACAAUGUAUGACAGAUGUUUGACUUUAAUACUAAUGUGGUCAAUUAUUCAAUGAACUAUCAUUAAAUUAUUUAUGUGCUGAUAUUAAGUAUAUGCAAAUGUCUUUUUUUUCCCCCUAAAAUAUUGGUGCAUACCAUUCAUGGGUGUCUAAUUGUGUAACAUUACCAUGAUCAAUUUAUGGGGCUAACCUCUGAUGCAUAGUGGAUAGCUAAUCAGAUGAACUCUAAUAACACGCUCUGUAGUGGAGAGGUUUGUUGCUUGUAAAUGAUUAAAGUUUUUCUCCUCAUCUGCUGUGAUGUGCCAUUGUAUCAACAGUCCACAUGCUGACUUAAUUAACAUCUGAAGAAAGCCAAAUCACUCCCUUGGGUCAUGUUGUUUAUUUUAUGGUCAUGGUACUUAGCAUUGUCAUUUUAUGCAGAUAUUCAUGUAUUUUGUUCCACUUUCAACCAUUGUAACCAUUCUCCUGAAAUGUACGACAUUUAGACCAACUAAUUGUUCCAUUUCUUUAGCAGUUAGAAUGAGGGAAAUAAGUAGAGUACUUCUUCUCAUCUGGUUCUGUGCAAGUUGCAACAAACAUGUUUGUAUCCGUUCAACACAUCGGAUACUGAAGUUUGUUUACAAUGAUGGAAAUAUUAACUGGUUGUUUCUAGCAAGUCCACCAUUCCAUGAUUACAAGAGAUGUAAAUAUUUGUAUCAUAAAACAUGUUUUAUUAACAGGUCUUAGUCGCCAUUGCUAUUAUAACAAUAGAAUGGAAGGAAGAAUUUCAGAGCAAAUCGAUCAAUCAUACUUUAGUAUAUUUAUUUUAAUUAAAAUAUUUUCACAUAAUGAACAAGUCCGUCCAAAUAUGUGAUCAAACCAUAAUGGCAAAUGAUCUGAACAUGAUUUUAUUUGUACAUGUAUUCAACA